AUGGGCGGCGCACAGGGCUGCGACGAGAUGGAAGUCCAAGUCACCAGCUGGUCCAACUUGAACCCUCGCUUCUGGGCGCCUCGUGGAUUUGGUGUUACAGACCUCGUCUUGCCGAACACUUCUAUGAAGGGUGUGUAUCUGCGACGCUGUGGCGAGCCUAUCUUUCAGCAAGGUCUUACCAACCCGCUGGAGAUAGACAUUGACAUCUCGCAGCCCGAGGGUGUUUAUCCUGGCUAUCUGGUGGAAUUCAUGUGCGCCGCUUUUGAUGAGGGCCCUGACCUCAACCACUGCCGGGGAGCCCAGGGCCAGGUUUGCAAACGAGUCAGGAAGCCUCGUUUCGCCAUGAGCGCGGGGAGCAGCGCCCGUGACGACGGCACGAUGAACGGCCUCGACGACCGAGUCCACCUCUCCAAGUCCAUGUACUCUUGUACAGACCAAAUGUGCCGUGCUUGCACACUUUGCUGCAUUGCUGGCUUCCUAAGGUCGACAGCAGGGAUGUCCUCAAAGCAUGCCAUCACCAACGUGUCCACCGAGAUGACUUGUUUGGCAACAAGGAGCUCUGGUCUUUUCGCCGCCUUGUAUCGCGUCGUCAGGGAGGAACCUCCAAAUACAACCACACCUUUACCACCGCCGCCUGAAGUUGACGAGGGUUUGACUCUCGGAGCUUUGCUUGCAAUCGUGGGAGGAGGAACUGUUCUCCUUUGUGGCUGCGUGGGAGGCCUUUACGCCUGGCACAAGAUGAGGUCCCGUGAGCCCGUGGAGCCCGAACCCGAGGAGGAGGAAGAGGAAGCCGUGGAGACGGAGUCGGAGUCGGAGAUUGCCGAGCUUCCUGAUCCGGACCCUGCACUGACGAAACUGCGCUUGGCCGCUGAAGCUGGGACUCUCACCGCGCGUGAAAUCUUGGCAAAUCACUCCGGCCCAAUGGGCAUUCGUCAGGAACUGGUGUGGGCUUUGGACAAGGGCUACGAGAAGAAGCGGCGUGAAGCACAAGCUAAGGCAGAUUUCGCCAUGGAGGUUGAAUGGAAAGAGUGCUUCGACCUCUACGACAAGGAUUCUGACGGCAAAAUAAAGGCCACCGAGCUGGGGGACGUGUUGAGAUCAUUGGGAUUGGUUCUCACUCAGAAGGAAGUGCAGGAGCUCAAGGACGAGGUUGGCAGUGACUUGGUGUCCUGGGAGAAGUUCAAAGACCUAGCAGCGAAGAAACCCCGUCAGCCAGAGAAGCAGGCACAUGCGCUUCUGCAGGCAUUCCAAGCCUUCGACCAAAGUGGUUCCGGGCAAGUAGACAUGAAAGAGCUGCGGCACAUUGUGACGAACCUGGGUGAGAAGCUCACCAUCAAGGAAUUCGAGGAGAUCUGCAAGGCUGCUGACCUGCCUGCUGCGGGCGCACUUGAUUACAAAAAGGCGAUCAAGGGAACGAUCGGUUUCGUCAGCCAACUGAAGCCCCCGUCGGGAGGUGGUGGACAAGGUGUUCCAAAAAGACACGGCACUCAAGGAAGAGCUUGCUGA